AUGUUAAGGACACUUUUUUACAUGUAUGAAUUUAAAAAGGAACUGAUCGUCUGUUUAUCUCUGUCGGUCCUCUAUGUUACCUACUAUUUCCUGGAAGUCGUCAAGAAACCACUCUUAAUAUGUGGUAAAGGAGAAUUUCGUCAACUCUUGGAAGAAAAAGUACCUGUUCUAAAUGAGGCCUUCUGGCCUACGCCGUGGUGCAUAGAAUCACGUUUGCAGACAGUGGUAGCAUCUUUAUUGCGCUCAUGGAUACUACCUUCACUAACAUAUACCCGAGAAAUUUUACCACUUGCUGAUGGAGGUCAGGUAGCACUGGAUUGGAUGGAUGAUAAAGUGGUUGAAGAUAAUGAACCUGGGGAAAUAAUCAUGGUUAUACCAGGGUUAACGGGGGGUGCACACGCAGACUAUGUGCGGUGUGUAGCAGCUGCUGCCAGACAUCUUGGUGCUCGCUGUGUUGUCUUUAACAAUAGGGGGCUUGGUGGCCUACCACUUACUACACCCAAACUUUACUGUGCCUUGUCACAUGAAGAUUUAGCAGAGGCAGUGGAUGCAGUUAAGAAAAGAGCAAAGGGAGGAAGAGUGGUGGCAGUAGGUAUCUCACUUGGUGGGCUUAUUCUUGGCCAUUACCUUGCAACACGGGGUAAUCAGGCAAGUUUGUAUGCUGCAUUGAUCAUAUCAGCACCAUUGGAUGUGGAACGUGCGUCUGAAUGCAUGGAGCAACGUCCACUUAAUGCCCUUUUGUCAUGGCAUAUGGCGUGCAGUCUACGGCGUACUGUACGUGCACACUCAACUCUAACAGUUGAGAGUGAAGCUGUUGAAGCUAGUCGUUCUGUACGUGCAUUUGACGCAGCCUUUACGGCUAAACACUUUGGUUUCGAAUCAGUCGACCAUUACUACCGUGCAGCGACUUUACGAGGCAAGCUAAGGAAUGUGCGCAUUCCUGUAUUAUGUUUAUGUGCAGCGGACGACCCAUUCCAACCCUUGGCAGCUUUACCAUGUGCAGAUGCAAAAGAGCACUCGUUGUUGGCGAUCGCUGUACCAGCUCGCGGUGGUCAUAUAGGAUUCAUGGAAGGCUGGUGGCCUACUCGCGAGCCUCUGUCACAAUAUUUAUCUCGUGUGGUUGUGCAGUAUUUCUCGGCGUUACUCAGUAGUUCCAAUACUUUAAAAUUAGCCACCCACUGA